GUGUCAGCCGCCAAAUAAUCAUCAUCAGAAGAAGAAGAAGCGGAAGUCCUUGGGGUCAUACCGUGCUCAUGCUGCACCGCGAAGAUCUUGGAUAAAUUUUCUGUCAAUAUGCGAUAAAAAAACUAUUAGUUGUAAUAUAUAAUCAAAUCUGUUCUACUUUCCCGGAUUACCUCUGUGGUUCUGACGUUGGUUCCUGAUCCUGGACUCUGAUUCGGUACGUAAAGUUCAUCCUGUAACCUCUGUGUUAGCAACAUUAGCUGUUAGCAUCUGUGAUUUAAGUUUACAGAUUUUGUUUUAAACCAGGACGAAAAUGUUUCCGCAGCAGAUUUUAAAACAAUAAUAAGAGUUUUUGUUAAAGCCAGUCUGUAGUUAUGGAGUGGAGCAGAGAUGGACCAGACUCCGUUCAUAAAAUCUUCAAUUUAAGGGAGUUUGUCUCAAAUGGGACAAAAAGAUUAAAGUUAGUACACAAUAACAGACCUAUGUUGGAUUUCCAGAUUCUACUGUUAUUUCGGCAUGAUCUAAAUAAAUUUAAUCUCAAUAAUCUGAGACUUUCUCAGCCCUGAAGACGUCCACUAUGUGAACCCUGAAAAAACUGACUCUGGACACAAUCCUCCUGUCCUGUCUGAUCCUGUUCAUCUGUUCUGAUUUUACUUGGUAUCAUCUGUAACAACACAACGCCAAAAAGUGUGUACAUGUGUGUUAAAUUGAGUGAAAAGAAGAGCAGCUUCCAAUCUCUCAUUUAAAAAUAACAGGUUAAUAGUUUCAGAAUCAGGAUUAGAUUAGAUUAGUUUUUUCUUUAUUCAUCCAUCAAUGGGGAAAUUAAAUUGUUAACAGCAGUGGUUCACACAACAUACACAUUCAUACAAAAAACAAAUAAGAUAAAGAACUACGGUAAGGGCGUAGUCAUCAGCCAAUAGAUGUGCGUUUGAGGAAAAAAAAAUGGACCAGCACAUUCAACAAGUGAAAAAGGGUAAACAUAAGUCAGAACAUAAUGAAAAUAAUUCACUUAAUAAUGGUAGGGUCGAUUCUAUCCUUACGAAAUAUCAAGACAAUCUAAAUUACCUAUAUAACUGCACUCAUUAUAUAAUGCAAAUAAGGUUGCUUAGAAGUUGGUGGGGACAAUUUGAGCACUCUGAAAAGUUGGCAGUGUUAUGUCCCUACCAUCCCUAUGCAAACCUACGCCCUUGAACUACGGUAAACAAAGAAAGAGCAGUGCAAUCGAAGAACAAUCGUCUUUGCCGUUGUUUUCUUCCGCGGGUCCGGGUCGAGGGGGCAGCAGCUUCAGUAGGCGUCCUAACCAGAUGCCAGAGCCACCUCAACUGACCCAUGCAUAAAAAUCAUGGUUUUCUUGAUUUGGGAGUUGAUUUUAAGUCCAUCUUUAACCCAAAAGGUCCAGCUAGCUCAUCUUUAAUAAUACCAGCCCAUACCAGUACCCCGCCUCCACCUUGCUGGUGUCUGAUUCAAAGUGGAGCUCUGUGCCCAUUACUGAUCCAGCCACGGGUCCAUCCAUCUGGUCCGUCAAGAGUCACUCUCAUCCCAUCAGUCCAUAAAACCUUUGAAAAAUCUCUCUUCAGAUAUUUCUUGGCCCAGUCUUGAUGUUUCAACUUGUGUCUUGUUCAGUGGUGGUCAGAUUUCAGCCUUCCUUACUUUGGCCAUGUCUCUGAGCACUGAUCAUCUUGUACUUCUGGGCACUCCAGGUAGGUUGCAGUUCUGGAAUAUGACAGCACCGGAGGAUAAGCGAUUCCUGGUAGCUUUACGUUUGAGUCUUCUCAAAUCUUUGGCAGUUAAUUUGCGUUUUUUUUUCUUAACACAUUUCUUGCGACCCUGUUGACUAUUUGCAUCAAAAUGUUUGCUGAUUCUGUGAUCACGCCCAAAUAUCUAAGCAAUUUCAAGAGUGCUGCAUCCCUCUGAAAGACUUUUUACAUUUUUUUGACUUUUCAGAGUCAUUUAAAUCUCUUUUUUGGCCCAUUUUACCUGAGGAAAAGAAGCUGCCUAAUAAUUAUGCACACCUUGAUAUAGGGUUUUGAUCUCCUUAGGCCCCAGCCUCCCUCAUUACACUAAUACACAUUACCUGAUAUGCUUAUAUCCAAUAAGCAUUCAAGUUUAUACAGCUUGGAGUUGGAAAAUAUGCAUAAAAAUGAUGAUAUGAUCAAAAUACUCACUUGCCUAAUAAUUGUGCACACAGUGUAGUUCAUAAUUUUGUUAUGUUGUCACAAUAAAUCACUUGUUAAACUUUUGAAGGUGUUUUGUUAACUCAAUGGGUCAAAAGGUGUGGAUAGUUGUUAGCCCCAUAGGGCCGACUUUGGGUGUGGUUUGGCAAACGGGGGCUCGUCCGGGAUCGAACAUCCAUGAGGUUCUUUGAAGUUGUUUUUUUCCUCUCGUAACUAGUGACCAUAGUUUGGGUUUGUUAGUCUUCUGUUUCUGUCACUAUCAUUAGUAGUUGCAUUUAUUUGUAACUUCUGAGCACCCUGAUCAUUUAGUCGCCGGGCAGGGAAGAACUUGCCACUUUUUUAUUUUGCCUUCCUUAUUUUUUGGUGGUAAUCCUGAGGAGGGGGCACACUUCGGUGAUGCCUCGGGCUCGGCAGGCCACCGAAGACUAGUUAGGUAAGUCAGACAUCUUGUCAAGCAGGUAGGGGUUGGGGUGACUCAUUUGCUCUUCAGAAUUGUUUUGUACUACAGUACUGUUUUUGUGUGUGUUUCAGAAGGCUACCCAUUUUUGCUUGGUCACUCCGUGUGAUAACAAUUAGGAUUUUUUUGUGCGCAGUAACUUGUGUUGUGUGACCGUUUGGUGGUAACUGCUCUCCACAUUUGGUGGGUCACGUGUGAGUUGCAUCUUAGGUGUAAGGUGGCAACAUUUGUGUAGUGGUGACUGCUAUGUGACCAUUUUGUGUAGUGGUUUGGGGUCCACAUUUGGUGGUUCACUUGUGUGUUACUGCUUCAUAUUCCUAAUUGUAUGUUCCGUUCAUUUGUUGCCGGCCUUAUCACAGUAACUUGUAUGUCUUUUGAAGACUUGCAUCCAUCUGUGUUGUGGUGGCAGCAGUCACCUUUUGUUAGAUCAUUGUGUGCUGUUUGUGAAUUACAGCAGUGUUAUAGUUCUGACUACUUUUGUUGAUCCGUUUGUGUGUGACUGCUCACUCCCUUUAGUGUUGGACAUCUGUUACUGUGUGUGGUAUUGGCAAAUUUAGUGUUUUUGCUCUUUGUGUUUGUGUUAACCUCAUGGUAGUAGCCAUUUUGCUUUGUGGGAGUGGCACCCACUUAAUUGGCUACUUUUGGGAUGGAUGCUCUUAAAUUUGAGUACAGCCUUUUUUAUGGCCCUAAUGAUUGAAUGAGGUUUUGCGUUCCUCAUGACCCAUUUUGCACCUUUUUGUCAGCAGUAGUUGUCUUCAGUUUUGGUGAAUAGUGAAGUUUUUUUUUUUUAAGCUUGUGCAGUGGUCUGUGUUUUGUCACACACAGCCUUGGUAAGUAACACCCAUUUAAAUUCCUGUUUUAAUAUGGUUGGCACAAUGCACUUUGAUUCAAUGAAUAAAUGUUUGUAACUUUUUUAGAUUUAUGGUGUGCAGUAGUGGUGUUUAUUUUUGCAGUACCAAUUAUUCAUUGUCUCAAGGGUGGGGGUGUUACGGCUGUGUGUUUGUUACCUCCACCAAGGAGGUUAUGUUUUCGGUAGCAUUUGUUGUUUGUUUGUGAGUUUGUUGUCUGUUAGCAACUUUACGGAAAAAGUUACAGACGGAUUGACCUGAAAUUUUCACCAGAGGUGCGUCUCAGCCCAGGAGGAUCCCAUUACAUUUUGGUGGUGAUCCGGAUCGCCUUCUGGAUCCAGGAAUUUUUUGAAGGAUUCUUUAUCAUUGUGAGAUAGGGCAAAUUUUGGAAUUUUUGCAUUUAACUCUUUAAAAAUGUCCAGAGUCUUCAGUAAAAAUAUUACACAAAAGGAUCUCAAUGAGUUUUAUGAGGUGUCAAAGGUUGAUCCUGAUCCAGACAAAAUUCUGGAUACUGAACACAUAAAAAUAAGGGUGUCGUUGGAAUUUCCAAUGCUGAAAGAUAACCAAUGGGCGGCACAGUGGUGUAGUGGUUAGCACUGUCGCCUCACAGCAAGAAGGUCCUGGGUUCGAAUCUGGGUCAGGGUAUUUCUGUGUGGAGUUUGCAUGUUCUCCCUGUGUCUGCGUGGGUUUACUCCGGGUACUCCGGUUUCCUCCCACAUCCCAAAAACAUGCAGAGGUGGGGUUAGGUUAAUUGGCCACUUCCAAAUUGCCCAUAGGUGUGAAUAUGAGCGUGGAUGGUUGUUCGUCUCUAUAUGUCAGCCCUGCGAUGAACUGGUGACUUGUUCAGGGUGUCCCCUGUCUUCGCACGAAGAUGCUGGGAUAGGCUCCAGCCCUUCCGCGACCCCGGGAAUGGGAAUAAGCGGUAGAAAAUGAAAAUGGAAAGAAAACCAAUGAAGAUACAAGGAAGUGUACGCUUACAAAUAUUGCAUAAUAAAUCAUGCAUUUAUGUAUCUAAUAUGAGCUUUGUUGUUUUAGGAACAUUAUGAACAGUGAACAUACCAGUUUAAACACAAAUAAAAGUUAAUAAAAGACACGUAACAGUCAAAGUUUUGGUGUGAAUCACAAUAUAAGGGGGGACAUGAGCUGCUUGGUGGAGGUCUGCGCUCUCUGAGUGCUUUUCUAGUUUUGUUAGUGUUUUUCCCCUUUUGUCUCACCAUAGCUGCCCAGGUGAAGUCACUGAGUGACAAUCAGACUCACCUGGUGCAGAGACUUUUAAGACCGAGAGCUUCCUGCAGUCUGGAGAGGCAUUUGGUGGGGAACUGCUGCCUCUUAUUUGUGUUGUGGGUUCUUUGUGUUUAGUUCGUAAUUUAGUAGGCCUGUUGCGAUAAUCAAUAAAUCGCCUUAUCGCUCGGUAAAUAAAAACGAGGUCGGUCAUUUUGCCAGCCUCGAUAACUAACGUGUGUUAGUUUUCCUCCUCUCUCACUACCAAACACUCUGGAUGAGAGAAGAGGUCUCACUCUGUGCAUUUUUCUAGACACCUGGGGGCGGUGGCUCUAUAGCGGUAUGAACGGAGUUAGUGAACCCUCCUGUCAGUCAUUCAGUCUCUUUGUCACGGGGGGGGCUGGACGCACACGCACACAGACACAGACUUUUGGUUACAGUGCUGCAAGUGAGCGUCGUGAGUGAAAAGCAAGUAAACAGAAUGAACACAACAGCUUUGUUGUCUAAACCGAACGCAACAGCCCAAGUGUGGGAAUAUUUCGGCUUUAAACCAAACGAAAGAGGUGAGCCCACAAAUACGGACGAGCCGAUAUGUCGUAUUUGUUCCAAAGUUGUGGUGACAAAGAAGGGGAAUACGACGAACAUGCAUGCGCACCUCAAGCACAAUCAUCCCCUCCAUUUUUCCCAACUGAGCAAAAAAAGUACCGCCGGAGGUGCUGCGGAGCCAUCGUCCCGACAGGUACCGCUUACUGAAGCGUUUGGUAAGCAAAGCAAAUAUAAACAAAACAGUGCAAAAUGGUGCGCGCUGACAGACAGCGGAAAUUAAAGUUUAUCACUUUUGACAUGGUGUACUGGCAUUAUUAUGCCAUAUAUUAUCAUUUUCUAUAAUUCAAAAAACGGUGUCAAUAAUAUCUUUUAUCGGCAAUAAUUUGUAGCACAAUUAUCGUCCAGCAAAAUUUGUUAUCAUGGCAGGCCUAUAAUUUAGUUAUGUUGUCACAAAUAAAUCACUUGUUAAACUUUUGAAGGUGUUUUGUUAACUCAAUGGGUUAAAAGAUGAGGAUAGUUGUUAGUCCCAUAGGGCUGCCUUCAGGUGGGGCGUAACAGUGGGAAAACAGACUCUGCUCCUAUCUUGUUCUUGGGCUCUUGUUCCUAUUACUUAUGGUUGGGUGAAUUGUCAAACACGUUACAUUUGGAGAGACUGAGAUGAUACGAUGAAGAUAGAGGGGAUACGUUUGAUAAAACAUGGGGCCCUGUACUAAAUUACCUUAAAAAUGUGAGUCCAUAGACACUAGCUGUUAAACAAAACCUCACAGUACAAACAAAAGUGUGAUCUUGUUUACCGACCGUUUUAUUUUACUUUUCUUAUUAUGAUCAUAAUUUUAUUUCUGCUUUUAUAUUCUAUACAGUCCAUUCUCAUUCUAUGACCAUGUAAUAUUGUUGUAAUUCUUGAUGUGCUGCUUUUUGUACCCCUGUACCUUUUUUUUCAUUAUAUAUAUGUGUAUAUGUAUAUGAAUAUUUUUACUUUUCAUUUAAUGUUUAUUGAAAAUUAAUAAACAUGUUUCCCAAAAAAGGUCCAGAGAAUCAGUCUGAGAAGUAGAAACCUGUUUUAUUCUUUCUGAUCUCAUUUGUUUCAGAGAUGGCGUCGUCACUGUGGCGCUUCAGACCGAUGCUGACGUCUCUGUUACAAGGUCAGUUUACUCACCUGUGCACCUGUACACUUGAACCCAGGCCUCUGAUUAAUAGCCAUGUCUCUGAUUCAGGUGGGUUUUUUAUGUGUUGACUAUUCUAUUGAUCCGAUCUAAUAAAUAAACUGUUUGUUUUCCCAAACCCCCUCCCCCCGCAGCCUCCCAGCAUGCCUCAGCCUGGACGUCCCCCCUUCUCUCCAGGGCUAUGGCCACUCUUAACCAGAUGCACCGGCAGGGAAAACCGAAAUUCCCCCCCAAAUCUCUCGGCCCCACCUUUGGACGCCCCCAGCUGAAGGGGGUCAUCCUGAAGACCAUGAUCAGAAAACCUAAGAAGCCCAACUCUGCCAACAGGAAGUGCGCUCGGGUGCGUCUGUCCAAUGGGAAGGAGGUGGUGGUGUUCAUCCCCGGGGAAGGACACAACCUGCAGGAGCACAACGUGGUGCUGGUGGAGGGCGGGAGGACGCAGGACCUGCCCGGGGUCAAACUCAAAGUGGUGCGAGGGAAAUAUGACUGUGCCCACGUGGUGAAGAAGAGACAGUAGACUGAGGACGAGGAGGAGGAGGAGGAGGAGGAGGAGGAGGAGAAGAGUGUCUUUAUCUCAUGUUCAAUAAAUAGAUAUGCUGUUAUUACCACUGUUUGAAAUCUGGAGUCCAAUUUAUGUUUUCGCUCCAGAUUUCCAACACUGAAGAAUAAGAAGUCACUUUAUCGAACCCUGAUAUUCAGGUUUAUUCUGCUGACAGGGUGGUAAACGUAAAUUUAGCUCUGUGAGUGUUUGAGCUUCAGAAUCGGACCAGAAAUAAGCUGAUUAACUGUCCGGGAGUGUCAGCAGUCCUCUCAUUUAAACAUUUUUUUUCUAUGAAACUGAGUGUUUUAGGGGUUCAAUCUGAGUAUUUAAGGUUUUUAAUCUGAGUAUUGAGGGUUAUAAUCCGAGUAUUUAAGGGGUUUUAAUCUAAGUAUUUUGGGGGGGUUAAACAUGAGUAUCUUCAGGAUUUAAUCUGAGUAUUUUGUGAGUAUUAUUCGGUUUAAAUCAGAGUAUUUUGGGGUUUUCGUGAGUAUUUUAUGGUUUUAUUCUGAGUAAGGGGUUUUAAUCGGAGUAUUUCAGAGGGUUUUAAUCUGAGUAUUUUAAUAAUAAUAAUAAAUUCAAUUUGUAAUGCACUUUACAUUUUUAAGAAAUCUCAAGGUGCUACAGUACACAGUAAAAAAAGCAACAGAUUAAAAAAAAGCAACACAAUGUCAAUCGCAUAUUAGCAAAACAAGCAUAAAAGAAAAAAAAAGAAUAUAGAAGUGCAGUGCAGUAUUUAAGAGGUUUUAAUCUGAGUAUUUUAGAGGGUUUUAAUCUGAGUAUUUAAGAGGUUUUAAUCUGAGUAUUUUAGAGGGUUUUAAUAUGAGUAUUAUAAUAAUAAUAACAAUAAUAAUAAAUUUAAUUUGUAAUGCACUUUACAUUUCCAAGAAAUCUCAAAGUGCUACAGUACACAGUAAAAAAAGCAACAAAUAAAAAAAAAGCGACAGUCAAUUACAUAUUAGCAGAACAAGCAUAAAAGUAAAGAUAAAAAAAAGAGUAUAGAAUUGCAGUGCAGUGCAGUAUUUUAGAGGGUUUUAAUCUGAGUAUUUAAGAGGUUUUAAUCUGAAUACCUACAGGGUUUUAAUCUGAGUAUUUAAGAGGGCUUCAAUCUGAGUAUUUUAAUAAUAAUAAUAAAUUUAAUUUGUAAUGCACUUUACAUUUUCAAGAAAUCUCAAAGUGCUACAGUAUACAGUAAAAAAAGCAACAAAAAAAAAAUCAACACAAUGUCAACCGGAAUUGGCAGAACAAGCAUAAUAGAAAAAGAAAAAUAUAGAAGUGCAGUGCAGUAUUUAAGAGGGUUUUAAUUUGAGAAUUUUAGAGGUUUUAAUCUGAAUAUUUUAGAGGGUUUUAAUCUGGGUAUUUCAGGGUUUUAAUCUAGGUAUUUUAGAGGGUUUUAAUCUGGGUAUUUCAGGGUUUUAAUCUGAUUAUUUUAGGGGUUUUAAUCUGAGAAUUUAAGAGGGCCUCAUUAUAAGUAUUUUAAUAAUUAUCAUAACAAUAAUAAUACAUUUAAGUUGUAAUGCACUUUACAUUUCCAAGAAAUCUCAAAGUGCUACAGUACACAGUAAAAAAAGCAACAAAAAAAAGCAACACAAUAUCAAUCGCAUAUUAGCAGAACAAGCAAAAAGUAAAAGAAUAAAGAAGUGCAGUGAAGUAUUUUAGAGGUUUUAAUCUGAGUAUUUAAGAGGGUUUUAAUUGAGUAUUUUAGAGGGAUUUUAAUCUGGGUAUUUCAGGGUUUUAAUCUAGGUAUUUUAGAGGGUUUUAAUCUAAGAAUUUUUGAGGGUUUCAAUCUGAGUAUUUUAGAGGGUUUUAAUCAGAGUAUUUUAAUAAUAAUAACAAUAAUAAUAAACUUAAUUUAUAAUGCACUUUACAUUCCAAGAAAUCUCAAAGUGCUAAAGUACACAGUAAAAAAAACAACAAAUAAAAAAAAGCAACAGAAUGCGAAUCACAUAUUGGCCGAACAAGCAAAAAAGAAAAGAUAAAAGAAAAAGAAUAUGAAUUGCAGUGCAGAGCAGUAUUUUAGAGGGUUUUAAUCUGAGUAUUUAAGAGGUUUUAAUCUGAAUACCUAGAGGGUUUUAAUCUGAGUAUUUUAGGGGUUUUAAUCUGAGUAUUUUAGAGGGUUUUAAUCUGAGUAUUUUAGAGGGUGUUAAUCUGGGUAUUUUAGAGGGUUUCAAUCUGAGUAUUUAAGAGGGUUUCAAUCUGAGUAUUUAAGAGGGUUUCAAUCUGAGUAUUUAAGAGGCUUUAAUCUGAGUAAUUAAGAGGGUUUUAAUCUGAGUAUUUCAGAGGGUUUUAAUCUGAGUAUUAUAAUAAUAACAAUAAUAAAUUUAAUUUGUAAUGCACUUUACAUUUCCAAGAAAUCUCAAAGUGCUACAGUACACAGUAAAAAAAGCAACAAAUAAAAAAAAAAAAACGACAGAAUGUCAAUUAAAUAUUAGCAGAACAAGCAUAAAAGAAAAGAUAAAAGAAAAAGAAUAUAGAAUUGCAGUGCAGUGCAGUAUUUUAGAGGGUUUUAAUCUGAGUAUUUAAGAGGUUUUAAUCUGAAUACCUAGAGGGUUUUAAUCUGAGUAUUUUAGGGGUUUCAUUCUGAGUAUUUAAGAGGGCUUUAAUCUGAGUAUUUUAAUAAUAACAAUAAUAAUAAAUUUAAUUUGUAAUGCACUUUACAUUUCCAAGAAAUCUCAAAGUGCUACAGUACACAGUAAAAAAAGCAACAAAUAAAAAAGAAAUAGAAUGUCAAUUACAUAUUAGCAGAACAAGCAUAAAAGAAAAGAUAAAAGAAAAAGAAUAUAGAAUUGCAGUGCAGUGCAGUAUUUUAGAGGGUUUUAAUCUGAGUAUUUAAGAGGUUUUAAUCUGAAUACCUAGAGGGUUUUAAUCUGAGUAUUUUAGGGGUUUCAUUCUGAGUAUUUAAGAGGGCUUUAAUCUGAGUAUUUUAAUAAUAACAAUAAUAAUAAAUUUAAUUUGUAAUGCACUUUACAUUUCCAAGAAAUCUCAAAGUGCUACAGUACACAGUAAAAAAAGCAACAAAUAAAAAAGAAAUAGAAUGUCAAUUACAUAUUAGCAGAACAAGCAUAAAAGAAAAGAUAAAAGAAAAAGAAUAUAGAAUUGCAGUGCAGUGCAGUAUUUUAGAGGGUGGGUUUUAAUCUGAGUAUUUAGGAGGUUUUAAUCUGAAUACCUAGAGGGUUUUAAUCUGAGUUUAUUAAGAGGGUUUCAAUCUGAGUAUUUUAGAGGGUUUUGAUCUGAGUAUUUUAGAGGGUUUUAAUCUUGGUAUUUUAGAGGGUUUUAAUCUGAGUAUUAAAGAGGUUUUCAUCUGAAUAUUUUAGAGGGUUUUAAUCUGAGUAUUUUAGAGGGUUUUAAUCUGAGUAUUUAAGAGGUUUUAAUCUGAAUAUUUUAGAGGGUUUUAAUCUGAGUAUUGUAGAGGGUUUUAAUCUGAGUAUUUUAGAGGGUUUUAAUCUGAGUAUUUCAGAGGGUUUCAAUCUGAGUAUUUAAGAGGGUUUCAAUCUGAGUGUUUUAGAUGGUUUUAAUCUGAGCAUUUCAGAGGGUUUUUAUCUGAGUUUUUUAGAGAGUUAUAAUCUGAGUAUUUUAGAGGGUUUAAUCCGGGUAUUUUAGAGGGUUGUAAUCUGAGUAUUUAAUAGGGUUUUAAUCUGAGUAUUUAAGAGGGUUUUAAUUGUGGUAUUUUAGAGGGUUUUAAUCUGAGAAUUUAAGAGGUUUGAAUCUGAGUAUUUUAGGGUUUUAAUCUGAGUAUUUUAGAGGGUUUUAAUCUGAGUAUUUUAGAGGUUUUAAUCUGAAUAUUUUAGAGGGUAUUAAUCUGAGUAUUUAAGAGGGUUUUAAUCGUGGUAUUUUAGAGGGUUUUAUCUGAGUAUUGUAGAGGGUUUUAAUCUGAGUAUUUAAGAGGUUUGAAUCUGAAUAUUUUAGAGGGUAUUAAUCUGAGUAUUUAAGAGGGUUUUAAUCGUGGUAUUUUAGAGGGUUUUAAUCUGAGUAUUUUAGAGGGUUUUAAUCUGAGUAUUUUAGAGGUUUGUAAUUUGAGUAUUUAGGAGGUGGGUUUUAAUCUGAGUAUUUUAGAGGGUUGUAAUCUGAGUAUUUUAGAGGGUUUUUAUUUGAGUAUUUUAAAGGUUUUAAUCUGAAUACCUAGAGGUAUUAAUCAGAGUAUUUUAGAGGGUGUUAAUCUGGGUAUUUUAGAGGGUUUCAAUCUGAGUAUUUAAGAGGGUUUCAAUCUGAGUAUUUAAGAGGCUUUAAUCUGAGUAUUUCAGGGUUUUAAUCUAGGUAUUUUAGAGGGCUUUAAUCUGGGUAUUUUAGAGGGUUUUCAUCUAAGUAUUUUAGAGGGUUUUUAUCAGUAAUUCAGAGGGUUUUAAUCUGAGCAUUUUAAUAAUAAUAACAAUAAUAAUAAAUUCAAUUUGUAUAGCACUUUACAUUUCCAAGAAAUCUCACAGUGCUACAGUACACAGUAAAAAAAGCAACAAAUCAAAAAAAGCAACAAAAUGUCAAUCACAUAUUAGCAAAACAAGCAUAAAAGAAAAGAUCAAAGAAAAAGAAUAUAGAAUUGCAGUGCAGUUCAGUAUUUUAGAGGGUUUUAAUCUGAAUAUUUUAGAGGGUUGUAAUCUGAGUAUUUUAGAGGGUUUUAAUCUGAGUAUUUCAGGGUUUUAAUCUAGGUAUUUUAGAGGGUUUUAAUCAAAGUAUUUUAGAGGGUUUUAAUCAAAGUAUUUUAGAGGGUUUUAAUCAGUAAUUCAGAGGGUUUUAAUCUGAGCAUUUCAAUAAUAAUAACAAUAAUAAUAAAUUCAAUUUGUAUAGCACUUUACAUUUCCAAGAAAUCUCAAAGUUCUACAGUACACAGUAAAAAAACAACAAAUCAAAAAAAGCAACAGAAUGUCAAUCACAUAUUAGCAAAACAAGCAUAAAAGAAAAGAUCAAAGAAAAAGAAUAUAGAAUUGCAGUGCAGUUCAGUAUUUUAGAGGGUUUUAAUCUGAGUAUUUAAGAGGUUUUAAUCUGAAUAUUUUAGAGGGUUUUAAUCUGAGUAUUUUAAAGGAUUUUAAUCUGAGUAUUUUAGAGGCUUUUACGAAUAUAGAAGUGCAGUGCAGUGUAGUAUUUAAGAGGGUUUCAAUCUGAGUAAUUUAGAGGGUUUCAAUCUGAGUAUUUAAGAGGGUUUCAAUCUGGGUAUUUUAGAGGGUUUAAAUCUGAGUAUUAAAGAGGGUUUUAAUCUGGGUAUUUUAGAGGGUUUCAAUCUGAGUAUUUUAAAGGGUUUUAAUCUGAGUAUUUUAGAGGGUGUUAAUCUGGGUAUUUUAGAGGGUUUCAAUCUGAGUAUUUAAGAGGGUUUCAAUCUGAGUAUUUAAGAGGCUUUAACCUGAGUAAUUUAGAGGGUUUUAAUCUGAGUAUUUCAGAGCGUUUUAAUCUGAGUAUUUUAAUUAUAAUAAUAACAAUUAUAAUAAAUUUAAUUUGUAAUGCACUUUACAUUUUCAAUAAAUCUCAAAGUGCUGAAAUACACAGUCAAAAAAGCAACAAAAUAAGCAACAGAAUGUCAAUCACAUUAGCAGAACAAGCAUAUAAGAAAAAGAAUAUAGAAGUGUAGUGCAGUGCAGUAUUUUAGAGGGUGUUAAUCUGAGUAUUAAAGAGGUUUUAAUCUGAAUACCUAGAGGGUUUUAAUCUGAGUAUUUUAGAGGGUUUUAAUCUGAGUAUUUAAGAGGUUUUAAUCUGAAUAUUUUAGAGGGUUUUAAUCUGAGUCUAUUAGAGGGUUUUAAUCUGAGUAUAUAAGAGGGUUUCAAUCUGAGUAUUUAAGAGGCUUUAAUCUGAGUAUUUUAGAGGGUUUUAAUCUGAGUAUUUAAGAGGUUUUAAUCUGAGUACACUCUCAAAACGAAUGUGUCAAAAGUAACUCAUCAUGUGUUAUUUCUUAACACAUCCGUGUGUCUAGUUAAGGACAACACACAAUGUGUUGUUUUGACACAUGACUUUGUGUUGACAGAUUUUACACAUAUUGUGUGUUAAAUGUGUCAACACAUCAACUGUGUUGGGUUUACACAAAGAUAACACAGAGCUGUGUCAUUUUUUCAUGCAAUUUACACAUAGCUGCGUUAUGUAUUCUUCACACAAAAGUGUUUUAUUUUCAUACAAUUUACACACAACUGUGUCACAUUGCAUACAUCAUUCAUUCGCUCACACAGUCACACUUUGGUGGUGGUAAACUACCUUAGUAGUCACAGCUGCCCUGACGGAAACGUGGCUGCCAUUUUGCACCUACGGCCCCUCUGACCACCACCACACAACACUCGCAAUCAUACUCCAGUGGAGGACACACACUGGGAGCAAGGUGGGUUAAGUGUCUUGCCCAAGGAAACAACGGACAGACUUGGGAUAGGGGGGAAUCGAACCGCCAACCUUCCAGUUAUUGGACGACCGCUCUUACCUCCUUAGCUACUGCGAUUAUCUGCUAAAUUACCAAACCUGGUCAAAGGCGGUGGCGAGUGCUGCCCCCAGGAGGAUCAAAGAAGGGAUUACACUAUGGAGCCAGAUCAGGCUCAAAAGUAUUGAAAAGUAGUGUAAGUGGAAAAAUAAAAAGUGAAGUGGAAAAAUAAGAUUUGAACCUGAA